AUGAUCUCACAAGGGUCAUUAAGUAUAGGGUAUUUUCGGGUUUGUAGUGGAUAUCAGAAAUAUAUGGUUCAUCACUUAGUAGCAUUGACUUUUUGUCUGAAAGAACAAGGUAAAGAUUAUGUAAACCAUAUUGAUGGAAAUCCUACUAAUAAUAAAGCUUCGAAUCUUGAAUGGUGCACACAAAAAGAAAAUAUGCAACAUGCCAUACAUCUCGAACUUUGGAAUGGUUACAAAUGUAUAGUUAAGCAAAUUUCUGAUAAUGGAGUUACUCAAGAAUUUCUUUCAUUAAAAGAGACAGAGCGUGCAACUGGAAUUAAAAGUCAAAAUAUUGGUGCGGUAUGUCGAAAUAUUGUAUCUCAAGCUGGAGGGUAUCACUGGAAAUAUGUAAAUACAAUAAUACACAAUAAAGAUUGA